AUGCCAUUCUCUCAACGCUAUUUAGAUCGCAAGGUUGAUAACAAAUUACCCGCAGUUAAUAUGGGUGGUGAAAUGUCACUUGUUUUACCACAUCUCUAUUUGGGUUCAUUAAAAGAUCGAACAAAUAGUGCAUUAAUGAUGAAAAAUAAAGUGAAACGUAUUUUAUGUAUUAUUGAUGUACCAAAUAUAAUUGUUGAUAAAGAAGAACAUAAACCAACACAUAUAUUAAAUAUUCCAGCAGCUGAUGUACAAGAACAAGAUCUUGCACAAUAUUUUGAAAAAUGUAUUGAAUUUAUUCAUCAAGCAAGAAUCGAACAUGAAAAUAUUCUUGUUCAUUGUCAAGCAGGAGUAUCAAGAAGUGCAACUAUUGUUUUAGCUUAUAUCAUGACUAUUGGAGAUUAUGAUGUUGAAAAAGCUCUCCAGAUUGUUAAAGGUGCUAGAGGUUAUAUUCAUCCAAAUCCAGGUUUUUUAACUCAAUUAAAAAAAUAUUAUACAAAUGAUGUCAAAAAGAAUUGGUAUCGUUUAAUACGACGUUAUCCUACUUAUGCAUUUGAUGAUGAUGAAAUUUUUGUUAAAUUUUCUUUACAUAUCUAUUGGCAACAAUUUGAACCGGCUUUUAUUGCUGAACCAGUUUAUUGGUCAAUUCCAUUACGAACCGAUGAUGAUUUGCGGAUGUGUGAAGAAAAUGAACGUGCCUAUAAACAAAUGAUAAAUGGAGAUGUUUCAUUAAAACAACAUUCAUAUGAUGACUUAAACACUAAUGUGAUCGAACAAAAUACGCCUUCGAUCGCUGAACAAGUAAUCGAUAAUUGUCAAGAACAAAGAUUAAAACGAACUACAACGAACAAUGAAGAAAAACCAUCUACAUCUAUCAUUGUCGAUGAACAACAAAUACUUUCUCAUGAUAAACAAGUAGAAAAAACAGGUGUUGUACCUUCAACAACAAAACAUUAUCAUGGUUCUAAAAACAAAUCCACUAGUUCGAAAACAAUUCGUCGUUCGCAUACAAUGCGAUCGAAAUGA